AUGUAAGAACCUAAAAGAACUAGAAUUAUUUGUUCUGUAAGUGAAAAUUGCUCAAAUUAUGAUUUAUUAAAAAGCAUGGUUGAAGCAGGAUGUAAUGGUUUUACGUAGAAAAUUAGUAUUAUUAUUUUAGUAUUAAUAUGGCUUAUAUAAAAAACAAAGAGAGUUUAUAAAUAUUGAAUAAUAAUAGAUGCUAAUUAGAAGCUGAGUUCAAAACAAAAAUACCUCUAAAUUUAAUAUUAAGAGGGUAAGUAAUAAGAGUUGGAUAAUUGCAAGAUUCUGAAACUUUAAUAGAAGUAAAUAAUUAAUCAAUUUUGAGGAAGGAAAUAUUGUAUAUUUGACUUCAGAUUAACAUAAAGUAGGAAAUAAUUAAUUAAUUCCAAUAGAUUCAAAUGAAUUUCUUGAAAAAUUAAAUAUAAAUGAUAAAUUAGCAAUAGAUUAUGGUCAUAUAGUAUUGGAAUUGAUAGAUAUAAAACUAUUUGAUUAGUAAUGAUUGUGAAUAUAUUUAGAGUAAAUGAGAAAAUUGAAAUAGAUUAAAUGUGUUUAUUAAGUGGAGUGAAAAUAUAUAUAUGCAAAUGUUGUAAAGGUGGAACUUUAAAAUCAUUUAAGCCAAUAUCAAUAUUUAUAGAAAAUAAAACAUAAAAAGAAGAUGAUCAAUCAGAAUAAAUAUCAUUGACAGAAUAAGAUAUUUUAGAUAUAGAUUAUGCUUGUGAAUGUAAUUUUGAUAGUAUAACAUUUUCUAAAGUGAAUUCAACAUAUGAUAUAAGAAAAGUAUUUUUGGUGUUAAUUUUAGGUAAAAGAAAGAUUAGAAUAGAGUUAUCCUCAUGUUUAAGUAUUUGCUAGAAUUGCUGAAAAACUAAAAGAAGAAUAAUUAGAAGAAAUAAUUAACUUGUCUGAUGGAUGUAUUAUAGCAAGAUCGCAUAUAUCAAUGACUUAACCUGUAGAAGAUGUGGUUAAGUAUUAAACUCAAAUAAUAUCUUGUUGUAGAAAAUUAUUUAAACCUGUUAUUUUAAUUAUUAUUAUUAAUAGGUCUUUGUAUCAACAUAUAUUUUAGAGUCUAUGAGUGUUUAACUUAAACCUUCUUUUGCAGAUAUGGGAGACAUUUCUAAUAUUGUUAAAUAAUAUAUAGAUGGAAUUUUAUUAUCUGGAGAAACUAGUUUUGGUAAAUUUCCAGUCUUAAUUGUUUAAACUCUUAACAAUAUUUGUAGAAAAAUUGAAAAAAAACUACUUUAAGAACUUUUUGAUCAUCCUUAAUAAAGAGAUCAGUAUUAAGUAAAUUUUACUGGAUAACCUAUUGCUACAGUUAUUGCUAAAUCUUGUGUUGAAAUGGCUUAUAUGUAAUCAAUACAUUUUAUUAUAUAGUUUAUAAGCUAAAGCUAUUUUAAUGUUGACUCGCAGAAUUUAAACUACAUUAAAACUAUCAAAAUUAAGAGCUUCUUGUAAAAUUAUUUCAAUUAGUGAUGAUUAAUAAAUUUGUAGAUGUUUAAAUUACAUUAAUAAUGUACAAUCAGAAUUAGUAAAUGGAUUUGCUAAUUAAGAAGAGUAAUUAAAUAUAUAAUUUAUUAAAGAAUUAUUUAAGAGUGCAUUAAAACAUUGAUUGAUAAAAAUUUAUUAUAACCUAAGGAUUUCAUUGUUGUUAUUACAGGAAUGGUUGUUUAAAAUAAAGACUGGCAUAUUAAUUAAAUGAAGGUUUUGGAAAUAUGA